GAACACUCUCAUUUGUAGGCUCAAGUAGCAUCAUACAUAGAGUACUAAUAUGCCUCUUCGAUGGCUACUCCUUCUCAGCCUCAAUGCCAAUAUUCUACUUCUCAUUGAUGCUACUCAAUCAGUUGCUCGGGAUGCCCGAAAGGCUUAUAUUGUGUAUAUGGGCGACAAGCCAAAGAACGGGGUGCCAGUAACACCUGAUCUUCAUGUGAAUAUUCUACGAGAUGUGGUUGACAACAACAUUAAUAAUGAUAUUUCACAUGAAGCUUUGCUUCUUCACAGCUAUGGGAGAAGUUUCCAUGGAUUUGCUGCAAUGCUCACAGAACAAGAAGUACAAAAACUAGCUGGAAUGGAUGGUGUAGUGUCUAUCUUCCCAAGCAAAAAGAAGAGCUACAAAACAACAAAGUCAUGGGACUUCCUUGGGUUUCCACAAACGGUGGAGAUAGGCCCCCUUGAAAGGGAAAUCAUCAUUGGUGUGAUCGAUAGUGGAAUUUGGCCAGAGUCGGACAGCUUUAGUGAUGUUGGUUUUGGUCCUCCACCUAAAAAAUGGAAAGGCGUGUGUCAAGGCAAUGAGAACUUUACUUGUAACAACAAAAUCAUCGGAGCACGGUAUUACCAUCAUUCUCGACCCUUCAAAGAAGGAGACAUUGAGUCUCCAAGAGACUCAAAUGGUCAUGGAACCCACUGCGCAUCAACAGUAGCUGGGAAUUUAGUGAGAAAUGCAAGCCAAAAUGGUUUAGGGUUGGGAACAGCAAGAGGAGGAGUGCCAUCAGCACAUAUUGCAGUGUACAAAGUAUGCUGGGAGGAUAAAUGUGAUGAAGCUGACGUUUUAAGGGCAUUCGAUGAUGCCAUUGCUGAUGGUGUCGACAUUAUCAGUGCUUCCAUCGGAGGUGAAGUUCCAAAUGAUUUUUUGCAUGACGCACAUAUAAUUGGGUCAUUUCACGCCAUAAAAAAUGGGAUAUUGUGUUCGAUGGCUGCUGGUAACGAAGGUCCAAAAAAAAAAACUGUGACAAACUUUGUCCCAUGGGAUCUUUCUGUGGCUGCUACCACCAUAAACCGCCAGUUCAUCACCAAGCUUCAAUUGGGUAAUGGUAAAAUCUAUGAGGGAAUUUCACCUAACGUAUUUGAUCUCAAGGGUAAAUUCCAUCUUUUAAUUUAUGGUGGAGACGCACCCAAUAAAACAGAAGGUGGUAACAAGACUAUGUCCAGGUAUUGUUCCCCAAAUAGCUUAGAAAAAGAAUUGGUCAAAGGUAAAAUUGUGCUUUGUGAUAAAGGCCCUACUAAGGAUGCGAUUGAGAAUGGGAUUGGGGCGAUACAGGGUCGUGCAAUCGGAGUUAUACUGACAGGCGAAAAACUUGCUGAGGAGUCCCCUGACGCUUAUCCCAUCCCUUCAACUUACGUCAAUUUUGAAGAAAAUAGCAACAUUUACAAAUACAUAAAUCAAACGGGGAACCCCACUGCAACAAUUUGGAAAAGUCAAGAGAUUAAUGAUGUAUUGGCUCCAUAUGUGCCCUAUUUCUCAUCAAGAGGUCCAAAUCCUAUGAAUGCCAACAUUCUCAAGCCAGACUUAGCUGCUCCAGGAACUUACAUUCUAGCAGCAGUUCCCCCAACUGAUGGUGACAGUAGAGCUGGAUAUGACUUUAAAACUGGGACAUCAAUGGCAUGCCCCCAUGCUACUGCCGUUGCUGCAUACGUCAAAUCAUUUCACCCUGAAUGGUCACCAGCUGCUAUCAAAUCAGCUCUCAUCACUACUGCUAAACCUAUGAGUGCCAAAACUAGCCCGCAAGCUGAAUUUGCAUAUGGAGCUGGCCUAAUCAAUCCUUCUAGGGCUCCAUAUCCUGGUUUGAUAUACGAUCUUGAUGUACAAGACUAUGUAGAUUUUUUGUGUUCACAAGGAUACAGUGGUAAACUAUUGGAACAAGUAACCGGGGACAAGACUAGCUCAUGCUCAUCAAAAUCUAAUAAUGAAAAAGCCAUUGAUCUGAACUAUCCUUCUUUUACUCUCUGCAUUAAGGAUCCAGAAUUCGUCAAUGGGGUCUUCCAUAGAACUGUCACUAAUGUUGGAUCAUCGAACUCCACAUACAUAGCUAAACUGUUGGCUCCAUCGGGACUCAAAAUCAAUGUGGAUCCAAGUGUGUUGUCGUUCACAUCUCUAGGACAAAAGAAAUCUUUUGUUGUCACAGUUAAAGGGCCGAUUGAGAAAUCAAAUAUAGCCUCUGCGUCUUUAGUGUGGGAUGAUGGUACUUUCCGUGUCAGGAGCCCCAUCGUUGUCUAUGUUACAGUUUAAUUAAGAGGUGUGUCGUGUAUUAAAAAAUAUGGAUUUUGUCCAUUUACCCCA